GUUCUUCACGCUCCAUCAUUAACGGAGAUCGCCCAUGACGAUUCGGCAGACCAAUCAAUGCUCCUCGCUUCUUAAAAUCUAUAAAAUGGAAGUGAUGGAAUUCGAAGGAAGAGGCAGAUCAAUCAAUCCAUCGAUUCAUCGAUCAAUCAAGCUCUCUCUCUGUUUACUGAACUGAAGAGAUUGUAAUGGCGACUGUUGGAGGUAUCAAGGAAGUUCCUGGAAACGAGAACAGCAUCGAGAUUGAUGAUCUUGCUCGUUUUGCUGUUGACGAACACAACAAGAAAGAGAAUGCGCUUCUGGAAUUCAGCAAGGUUGUGAAGGUGAAGGAGCAGGUGGUUUCUGGCACACUUUAUCACAUAACCCUUGAGGCAAGUGAGGGAGGUCAGAAGAAGGUUUAUGAAGCCAAGAUUUGGGUGAAGCAGUGGGAGAAUUUUAAGCAGCUUCAAGAGUUCAAGCUUGUUGGUGAUGGAUCUGUGGGCUCCUCUGCUUAGUUUGCUAGGGUCCUUAAAUCAUGAUGAUGCGUGGAAUACGAAGGGAACAAGAUCAUUUGCUUUAUAGUGUCUUUGAUUUAAUAAAUUCUGUAAGCUAUGGAUGAUUGUAUGGAUAUUUAUUAUCAAAUAUCAAUAGUUGUGAAUUAUGUGGCAAUUGCAUAAUAUAUGUAUUUUCAGGAAGAAA